AACGCUCCUGGCCACGUGGUCUCAUGUUCAGUUCUACAACGGCUUAACGGGGGACGCACGUCCUCUGACAGGCAACAAGUGAACAAGUGACAGUGUUCCGUGAAUUCAUGUGAAAUAUGAUCGAAGUUACAUAGCUGUUCCUAAAAAGAUACAAGUAUGGAGACUGAUAAGAUGUCAACGGCAUCCUCGGUCGGUGCUGAGAGGAGACCGCUGAUGCAGGCACUCGUAAUCGAAAGACGAAUUCUCUUCGGAUGCACUGUAUUCGUUGGCCUUUGCACCUUUCUUUGGAUAACAGCUGUUUGCACGGAAAAAUGGGUGUACAUUUCAGGAGGAGAUGGUAUUUAUUUGCCGUCCAGAGGUAAUUACUUUCUAUGGAGUGAUUCAGGUGUAUGGGAAAUAUGUCGUAAUGUGUUCCAUCCGACUGAGAGCUUUAAGCACAACGCGUCAAUGCACACCACCCCGAUACCCAUUGACCUAACUGUAAUAGCAGGAGAAUAUUACACAAAUUGCACAAAUUACCUGUCACAGCCAAUCAUGAAGAACGGAAAGCCAGUUGAUCCAGCAUACGAUGUUGACAUAGCGAGCUACGUACGAACGAUGAUCUCUUUUGGCAUCAUUAGCCUGUUCGUAAUGGCGAUGGGCUGCGGCUUCUCAGUAUACACCUUCCGCAACCCACGCUACAUGUUUAAACGACUAGCAGCAGGCAUACAUUUCAUCAGUACCUCGUGUACUCUAGUGGUUGUACAAGUCAUGAUGACAUCGGUAGACCAUAUGAAGAAGAACUUGAGAUACAUCUACCCAGAACAUGCUUACCACUACUACCACGUUAGUUUCUUCCUAGCGUGGUUCGUUGUUUUAGUAAAUCUAUUCGCAGCGGCCUCAUUUCUAUGGUAUUCCCGUAAAAGAAAAGGCGACAAAGCUGCCACAGACGAACUAGCCAUGGCCGAUGAACCCACUAUCAUUGGCCGAUGACGCUUCCAGUUUAACUUCAAACGGCUGCUGCAAUCGUGUGGACUUUUCUUUAAAUAUCUCUUUAAAAGUGCUCAAAUGACCAAUAGCUGUAAAAAUAAUUUAUAUCUUAAUGUUCUUAUAAUUUUAUCUAAAUGUCUUCCAUAUACCUCUUUAAAAGCUAGGGUCUACUCUGGUUUAUAUUUAUUAUAAUCCACUAUAGAAUAUUUUGCCUUGUUAAUCUUAUAGUCUGGUGUAUUUUUUCCUGUCCCUUACUGAUGCGUGACAUGAUUAUGAGAUUAACGACAGCCUGUCUUAUGUUAAGUGUUAUUUAUGCGAUUCAAAUAUAAUUAGAAUUUGUGUUUUUAUAUUGAAAUGGACCAAUUCGUUGUAUAACGGAGAAAAUUAACUAAAUUAGGAGCAUAUCAUCCAAAUUUAAUUGAAAAUAUUGUUCUGAAACGAAAAAAUAAAUAAAUUUCUACAAAUUUUUUGAUCAAAUUAAUCGUAUUUUUUUUAUUUUCCGUUUCAAAUAAGAACACACUUUGUAUUUUUCUAGUCAAUAUCUUUAUUGAAAACUUUUCGUAACCGUCAACAAGUAUGUUAAUAUUUGAGGAAGUAAAUAAAAAUGAAACCAUGAAAAAAUUAUAGCAUCAGUUUAAAUUUAACUCAUAAAAAUCUAUUUAUACAUUUACGAGAAUCUAUAAUUAAUCAUUUUGUAUUAAUAAUUAAUUAAAAUUGAAUGUUUAUUAGAAGGAAACUUUCUACGUAAUAAUCACCUUAACUUCAAUCACGAUUUACGGUUAUCGAGGUUAUAAUUUUUAUUUCCUGGUACUGCGGUUUCUUUAGUAAAACACUACUUCAAAAUCAAUUCCACAAUAAAUUUCCUUUUUUCUUCAUUUAAAACGAUCGGUUUAGAACUCUGUUUACCAUAAAACUUGGGUUUCAAAAUAAACAGCAGAUAAUACAGAAAUCGGAGUUUCCGUAAACUUAGGCUGAACACAAUUUAUAUAUUUUAUCUUAAAAUAAUACUGUAUCCAUGCUAACAAAUGUUGUUCCAUAUUAAAUGUUCCUUCUUUUAAUUGAAUCACACGAUUAAAUUAUUUUUUUUUGCCCUCUUACUUUUACCUGUGUUUGAAUGAAUAAGUGUUAUUUAUUUCUAUGUGUAUUGUUUUAAAAAUCGACAAUCUUAUUAAGGUGUAUUCUUGUUACCCAUUCAAAAAAAUGUGUAUUGUAAUCAUACUAAAACGAGCGCGUUUACUUUAUAAUAAUAAUUUUAUCCUGGUAUAUAGAGCUUAGUGUUAUAUUUAAGUAUACUCAAGCUAAGCUAAGCCAAAUACUUAUAUGCUUAGCAGCUUUUGUAUAAGUCGAAGACAAUAUUUAGCUCUCUUAAUAUUUAAAUGAUGUCCGUCAAAAAAGAAAUUCUAUAUUAGACCUAAACAUGUGUUUAAGACUUAUCUUUCUUAUGCACUUAUUUAUAGAAAUUGCUUACAUUAUUGAUGGAUGCCAUUUUGAUAUUACGUAUAUAAUUUAUCUGUUACGCUAUCUUUUGUGCGAAAAAAAAACUAAAUGUUUUUUGUCGUGAAUAUUAUUAUUCCAAUUUUAUUUCGCAUGUGUAUUUUAUGUACCUCGUUUUAGUUUCUCAUUGAAAAUAUAUUUAAACAAAAUCACUUAAA